CAGAGCAUGCAGCGGGGAAAUAAUAGGCUCCAGACCCCGCACGGAGCGCUCUCCCGAAAUGCACCCGUGCGGCGGCGGCGGCCGGCUGAGCACCCAGCACUGAGCACCCAGCACCACAGCAGCAGCAGCCGCCGGGUGCCUGGCCCUGGCGCCUCCGCAGCACCCGCAUAAGAUGCACCGCCGGGCAUCCUCGCCCUUCUCCUGCGGAGCCGUGCCGGGGCUAUGAGCGGUGCCUGGGGGCUGCGCACUCGUGGCCCCUUGUGCAGCAGGCUCCCUGUGGCUGCAGGACUGUAAAAUGGAUUUAGGAUUCAAAGACCAUAACAACAGGACACCCACCAAGAACGCUUCUGCUGCUACAAAUAAUUUUUCUGCCUGGAAAGACUACAGGAGCAGUGUCGAUGACAUACAGUACUUUCUCAUUGGGCUAUACACACUUAUAAGCCUGGCUGGCUUUGUGGGAAACCUCCUUGUACUAAUGGCUCUAACAAAACGCAAGCAGAAGACAAUAAUAAACAUCCUCAUCGGUAACUUGGCCUUCUCUGACAUCUUAGUUGUGCUGUUUUGUUCUCCUUUCACGCUGACAUCUGUCCUGCUUGACCAGUGGAUGUUUGGCACUGUCAUGUGCCACGUAAUGCCCUUCCUCCAAUGUGCAUCCGUUCUAGUUUCAACUUUAAUGUUAAUAUCCAUUGCUGCAGUCAGAUACCGUAUGAUAAAAUAUCCCCUUGCCAGCAAUCUAACAGCAAAACAAGGCUAUUUCUUAAUAGUAAUAAUUUGGGCCUUUGGUUGUGCCAUUUGCUCCCCUCUGCCAGUUUUCCACAAAAUUGUGGACCUCAGCAAAACUCUGAAUUUAGAGGCACUGGAAAACAGGCUCUUGUGUAUUGAGUCAUGGCCUUCUGACUCAUACAGAAUUGCCUUUACCCUAUCUCUACUGUUCAUGCAGUAUAUACUCCCCCUGGUGUGUUUAACUGCUAGUCACACCAGCGUCUGCAGGAGCGUAGGUGCCAGGCUGUCCAGCAAGGAAGACAAGUUCCAAGAAAACGAGAUGAUAAACCUCACGCUUCACCCAUCUAAGAGUACGGGCACCCAGACACAGCCCUCCAGCCACACCAGGUGGAGCUGCGCCUUGGUCAGAAAGCACCACAGAAGAUACAGCAAAAAGACUUCCAGCGUGAUGCCAGCUAUUUUAAGGCACCAUCAGGAUAAUACUAAUUUCAGAGACCUCCCAGAAACCUCUGGCACAGAAAAAAGCCAGCUCUCUUCCUCCAGUAAAUUCAUCCCAGGGGUACCUAUCUGUUUUGAGAUGAAACCAGAAGAAAACACAGAGAUCCAGGACAUGAUUACGGUAUCCCAAUCCAUCGUCAGAAUUAAAACAAGAUCUAGGAGAGUUUUUUGCAGACUGACAGUGCUAAUCCUCGUUUUUGGUUUCAGUUGGAUGCCUCUUCACCUUUUCCAUGUUGUGACGGAUUUUAAUGCCACUCUCAUUUCUAACAGACAUUUUAAAUUAGUAUAUUGCAUAUGUCAUUUGCUGGGCAUGAUGUCCUGCUGCUUGAAUCCCAUCCUCUACGGGUUCCUUAACAACAGCAUAAAAGCUGAUUUAAUGGCCCUUAUUCCAUGCUGCCAAAUACCAUGAUUUUAUGAGCCUCAAGAUAAAAUAAAAUAAAACAAAGAAGUUUGUUUUUCAAGCAUACUAAUGUGAAUAGCUGUACAAACUAAAUUAGUGAAAUUUAAUUAGUCUGACUUGGUUGUGAUUAGUAGCAUCUCAUGUGAACAGGUAGUUCUAAGGCUGCAUGUAUUUCUUGCAUUGGCCAGAAAUAUGUAAGUGUAUUAUAAUAUUCUGUUACUCAUAGGAAAUCAUACUCAGUGUACAGAAACAGAAUACAGUUUUCAUUACCUGAAAUAUUGUCAAUCUGUACUUUUAAAAUAUACAGAAUGAGUCAUAAAUGUAAGACUAAUCAGACUUAUCAGUAUUAACUAUCAUAUAUCAAACUACAA